GGCGGGGCCGCUCCGGGCCGGGGGCGGCGGUGCGGGCGGGCCCCGCGCGGAGCGGCCGGGCGGCCCCGGCGACUGCGGGCGGAGUGACAAGAGAUAAUUGAUGCCAUUAUGUGUGCCUCAGCCAAAUAUAACACCCGGGGUCCAGCCCUCAUCCCAAGGAUGAAAACCAAGCAUCGCAUCUAUUACAUCACUCUCUUUUCCAUAGUUCUGCUUGGCCUAAUUGCAACAGGAAUGUUCCAGUUCUGGCCUCACUCCAUUGAGUCAUCCAGUGACUGGACCGUUGAAAAGCGCAGUGUCCAUGAUGUGCCUGUGGUCAAGCUUCCUGCUGAUAGCCCCAUUCCUGAGCGGGGAGACCUCAGCUGCAGGAUGCACACCUGCUUCGAUGUCUAUAGAUGUGGCUUCAAUCCCAAGAACAAAAUCAAAGUGUACAUCUAUUCACUGAAAAAGUAUGUGGAUGAAUAUGGGACGUUGGUGAGCAACACCAUUUCCAGGGAAUACAAUGAGCUGCUGACGGCCAUCUCUGACAGUGAAUUCUACACAGACGAUGUCAACCGGGCCUGCCUUUUUGUGCCAUCCAUAGAUGUCCUCAAUCAGAACGCCCUCCGUAUCAAAGAGACAGCUCAGGCUUUGGCACAGUUAUCCAGGUGGGAUCGAGGCACAAAUCAUUUGCUCUUCAAUAUGCUGCCUGGAGGGCCACCAGAUUAUAACACCGCCCUAGAUGUUCCUAGAGAUAGAGCUCUGUUGGCUGGUGGAGGCUUCUCCACUUGGACUUACCGGCAAGGCUAUGAUGUCAGUAUUCCUGUUUACAGCCCAUUGUCAGGAGAAGUAGAUCUGCCAGAAAGAGGACCAGGCCCUCGCAGGUAUUUCAUUCUGUCAUCUCAGAUGGCUCUGCACCCAGAAUACCGCUUGGAGUUGGAGGCUCUUCAGGCUGAGAAUGGGGACUCAGUGCUGGUCCUGGACAAGUGUACAAACCUGUCAGAUGGGGUCCCUGCGGUUCGCAAACGCUGCUACAAGAAUCAAGUCUUUGAUUAUCCUCAGGUGCUUCAGGAGUCCACAUUCUGUGUUGUUCUCCGUGGAGCCCGCCUGGGACAGGCUGUGCUGAGUGAUGUUCUUCAAGCUGGCUGUGUCCCAGUCAUCAUUGCUGACUCCUACAUUUUGCCUUUCUCUGAGGUUCUGGAUUGGAAGAGGGCCUCUGUUGUAAUCCCUGAAGAGAAGAUGCCUGAAAUGUACAGCAUUCUGCAAAGCAUCCCCCAGCGACAGAUUGAAGAGAUGCAAAGACAGGCAAGGUGGUUCUGGGAAGCAUAUUUUCGAUCGAUGAAAGCAAUUGCUCUCGCUACUCUUCAGAUUAUCAAUGAUAGAAUUUACCCCUAUGCUGCCAUUUCUUAUGAAGAAUGGAAUGAUCCCCCAGCUGUGAAGUGGAGCAGUGUGAGCAACCCACUCUUCCUUCCACUGAUCCCACCUCAGUCCCAAGGUUUCACAGCCGUGGUUCUGACCUAUGACCGAGUGGAGAGCCUUUUCCGAGUUAUCACCGAGGUGUCUAAAGUGCCCAGUCUAUCCAAAUUGUUGGUAGUCUGGAACAACCAGAAUAAGAAUCCACCAGAAGAUUCCCUCUGGCCAAAGAUUCGUGUUCCCCUGAAAGUUGUUAGGACUGCAGAAAACAAACUUAGCAACCGCUUCUUCCCUUAUGAUGAGAUUGAAACGGAAGCAGUGCUGGCUAUUGAUGAUGAUAUCAUUAUGCUAACCUCAGAUGAACUCCAGUUUGGCUAUGAGGUCUGGCGUGAGUUCCCUGACAGGUUGGUUGGAUAUCCAGGUCGCCUGCAUCUUUGGGACCAUGAGAUGAACAAAUGGAAAUAUGAAUCAGAAUGGACCAAUGAAGUCUCAAUGGUGCUUACUGGGGCAGCCUUUUAUCACAAGUAUUUCAACUAUCUUUACACCUAUAAGAUGCCUGGAGACAUCAAGAAUUGGGUGGAUGCUCAUAUGAAUUGUGAAGAUAUUGCCAUGAAUUUUCUAGUAGCAAAUGUCACUGGAAAAUCAGUCAUUAAGGUGACCCCACGAAAGAAGUUCAAAUGUCCAGAAUGCACAGCAAUUGAUGGGUUAUCACUGGACCAGACACACAUGGUGGAAAGAUCUGAAUGCAUCAAUAAGUUUGCUUCUGUCUUUGGGACCAUGCCUCUCAAAGUGGUGGAGCAUCGUGCUGACCCCGUCCUGUACAAAGAUGACUUUCCUGAGAAACUGAAGAGCUUUCCCAAUAUUGGCAGCUUGUAAAGAGUGAGACAAACCUCCAUGAGGAAAACAACAGCUGAAAAGGUGCUAUGAGGAGUAUAAGGCCCUGAAGACAAAACUUGCUAGAGAGUGGGUUGUAUCUGAGAGAGAUGGAAAUUAUUGUUGUUGUCUUCCUUUUACAUUGCACAAAGUUGUGUUUGAAAUCUGGACAACUGCUUCUCUGCUGCUCGCAGAGAAUUGAAUCUAUUUGUGGGUUCUCCAAAAAAUGUCAAACACACACUUUUGUCCAGAGGAGGCUAUGCAUCUGGAAGAAUAAAACAGCAUCUUGCUCUCUGUGGUCUGACUAGCAUGACUGACCUCUUCUAUCAAAUGUGCUGCAGGCUCUCUGGUUAGUGAGCAUCCAUCCAUUCAAAGCAACUGUCUGCCAUGUAGAGCUGUUCUCUUUUGGGAGGAGUUUAUUUCCUGUGUGGCUGGUGGGCCUCUGUCUUUUGAGCUUUAACUGUUGUCUUAAGUAACUGUAAAAAAUAUUUUCUUCAGUAAUAGGAGACAAAUGUUUAUUUUUUUACAACAUCACAAACAAAAAUCUGUCUGUUUUCACCUAGUUUAAAGAGCAAAGCAAUUUGUGUUACUUAAAUUAUUUUGAUGGAGAUGGAGAGACAGCAGCCGGGACAAUACUCUCCUUCAAAGCAGAGACUUGCAGGACAGAACUGCAAUUGCUGCACUUCCUGUCUAAAUCUCAGGUUUUCUGCUGCACUCAUGCAAAAGACUCUAACUCUCUAUCAGAACUAGUUGUAUUAUACAAAAAAUUAUUUGUCUUUAGUCUUCUUAUAUUUUUUGUCUUCAUUACAAAGCCAGCAAUCAGGUUACACUUUCACUUUGUAGCCCUCCAUAGGGAAAUAAGUUUUUCAUGUCUGAAUCCUCUUCAGCAAGCAGUGUACUAAUUUGUAAAAUACCUAUAUUUGCAGAAAUUCCCAGUUGCAGUUUCAAUGUACAGGCACAUGUGUAUGUGUAAGACACUGUUAACGCACACUUAGAAACUCCUGUAAGUUACCAUUGUUGGAAAACUGUUGUCUUUGGUUGUAAUUUAAGGAACUCAUUGCCACAGGCUGAAACAUACAGCUUUGGAAGUCUUUUAGAGAAGAUUUACAUUUCUUAGGAACAUUUGAAUUGUUUCUCCAUAUUGAAAUGAAACUGAAUGAGAAAAUGAAAUGCAACAAAAUUAGAAAUAAAGUUGCUUGGACUGUUACUCUUGCCCUUCAGUAUAAAUGAGGGUCCUAAGUUGGGCUGAGAAUGCAAUCUCUUUUCUAGCUCCACUAAUAAAAUGCUUGUUACUAGAUAA